UUAAAGAAACAGAUGAGCUAGACAGAAGCUCCCACUCCUACGACGAUCAAACAGACUCUGUUCUAUGCAGGAAAACACAGGAGAACCCGAGGAACUAUGAGUUUAUUUUUACCUAUGUUUACAAUGAUAACUUCAAGACCUCUAAGGUAAGAGGUUCUCUGGGGAUCCUGGUGGAGUGGCUGUCUUUGAUCAACACUAGCCUUUUCAUUCGCUGCUUUCAUCUGGUUCAAGUCAUGGAUCUCACUUUGUGGCAGUACCAGUUUCGAGUCAUCAUGCUUGGAGACUCCACGGUGGGUAAAUCAUCCAUGCUGAAGCGCUACACUGAGGAUCUGUUUCUGGAGUGCAUCAACCAAACAGUCGGAGUGGACUUCUAUGUGCACUUCCUAGAGGUGGAACCUGGGGUGAGGGUCAAACUGCAGUUCUGGGACACAGCUGGUCAAGAGAGAUUUAGAUCUGUGACUCGCUCGUACUACCGUAACUCAGUCGGAGGUCUUCUGGUCUUCGAUCUGGGCAACCGUAAAUCUUUCGAAAACGUGCAGCAGUGGUACGCAGAGGUGUGUGAACGUGUGCAGCCCUACACUGUGCUCUUUGUGCUGGUGGGACACAAAAGUGACCGGGUCAAAGCUGGAGAGCGAGCCGUGGACCGAACUGAGGCAGAAAAGCUCGCAAGCAAACUGGGAGCACCAUACAUCGAGGCCUCUGCCAAAACAGGUCACAAUGUGAAAGAGGCCUUUGAACUCUUGACCCGGAGGGUUUAUCAGGGCAUAAAAAGUGGAGAGAUCCAGUUGCGUGAAGGGUGGGACGGAGUCAAGAGCUCGGCGCCUACAGCCCAAACACUCCAGAAGAUACAAAACGGUGAAGCCGCUGAGAAAAACAAGAGCUGUGCUUGUUAACUUGCAAUAUGUGGUUCUCGUUAAUUUUGAUUGUAGAUCUUCAAAUAGAAUGGAUGUGUCCCAGAUUGCCAAAUGCACAUAAAUGCAAAUAUUAAAGGUCUUUCAGAUUGUAGGGA